AUGGCCGCUUGUUGCCCGACGGAAGAGAAAUAUGGCUACGAAGAUAGUUGUUUUGAGAAAGCUGUCGAUGCCCACUUUCAUUGCUCUAUCUGCUACAAUGUUCUGAAGGAACCAGUGAUGUGUAGAAAUAAUGAACAUAUAUUUUGUCGUGGCUGUAUCACUGAACACUUAACUGUGAACUCGCAUACUUGUCCAGAAUGUAACGAGGACUUGACUAUCGAAACACUUCGUAAAGCGCGUCUGGUGAGCAAUAUUUUAUCUGAACUCAAGAUAAAGUGCGAUUAUUCCAACCGAGGUUGCCAAGAGUUCAUUCGUCUGGAAGAGCUAGAUUCUCACGUCGAGAACUGCGGCUUUGCUCCGGUGAAAUGCUCAAACGAGGAAUGCGGAAUGGAAAUUAACAAGCGAGAGAUUAUUCAUCACGAGAGCACAGUUUGCGAGUACAGGAAAGUCAAGUGUCAUAACUGUGUGAAGAUCGAGCAAGAUAUGCAAGAAAUGAAAGAGAAAAUGGAAGGAAUGAAUGAGAAAAUGGAAGGCCUCGCAUCCAAGGAAGAUGUAAAGGCGUUUAUCGAGGCGCUGAUGGUCCAGAUGUUUGAAAAAUUACGCUUCCUUGAAAACACCAUUCAAAUUUCAUCUGUUAUCAACCAAGCAUUGAAUGCAUUAAUCGAAGACAUCUUAGUAGCUGGGGGCAAGGACAGGGAUGGUAAUGCUUUGAAAUCUGUUGAGAGAUUUUCAUGGAAGAAGAAUGUCUGGGAAAGAGUGUCCUCAAUGAGCGUUGUUCGUGUGGGAGCAACGUCGUUUGUUUACGAGAAUCAAGUAUUUGUCUCUGGCGGAUGUGAUAGUGAUGUAAUUGAGGUAUUCAAUUUGAAUGAAGGUCUGCAGUUGCAAUGUCGUCAAUCUAUAGCCAAACUUCCCUACCUUUGUGAAACCCUCCGCUCUGUGGUUUACCAGAACCGUGCAGUUCUGUUUUGCGCAUGCGGUAAGACUGAUCAUUGCGCAGAACUUUGCCUUUCCGCACCUUACACAUGUAAGCAGUUAUGUAAAAUACCUGCGCCAGCAAGGGAAUAUUAUACCGUGGUUGCAUUUGAGCACAAACUCUUGAUUUUUGGAGGAUUGUAUGGUGCUACCAAAGAUGAUCUUCUUGACAGUGUGUUAGAGUUUGAUCUCAUCACGAAUACAUUUAAAGAUAUGCCUUCAUUGCCCUAUUCCGUUCAAAAUAUGACAGGUGUUCGUUGGGGAGAUCAAGCCAUUUUGUCUGGAGGCUGGGAUAAAGGUGGCCCAUCAAAAAAGGUGUUUAUGUAUAAUUCCAAAACAGGAAACAUCACUGAAUUGCCAUCUAUGUUAGAAGAGAGAAAUGGAUGUCGUGCGAUUAUUACUGGAAAUACAAUUUUUGUCAUGGGUGGACGAGGAAAGACCGGUCGUGUUAGAUCUGUUGAAGCUUUCACUUUGGGUGGUUAUACCUGGAGAUAUCUUCCUGCCAUGAAUGACAUUAGAAGUGGCGCCACUGCAACUGUUUUACCAACGAAAAACUUUCAUUGA